UUAAACAAUAAAUAUUUAUUAACAAUUCAAAUGAUGAUAAAUAUUUCAACAUGGAAAUUUUGCAGAAACUAGUUUGUUUGUGUUGGUACGACUGUUUUGGGCUUUUAUGAAUGGAACUGUUGUUUCCAAUAAACUAAAAGCAUAGAAAAAGACGUUUGUUUUUGUGUUUCCUAAAUGGAAAACAUUCUGUAUUAUUUAUUAUCGUUUUCUUUUGCAAUUACAAACAGCUGAAUUAUAGUGUUCGGUUCAUUGUAUAAACCAACGUUCCAGUGUUGUGCUUUUAAUUGCAGCUAUAACCUAACCUAUCGUAACAACGACGACAGUGCAACACGUGUUAGUCGGAAAAGGUGUUGUUUUCACUGUUUUUCUUGAUGAAUUAUAGAUUAUAACUUCAAUGAAAGUUAUAUAAAUUUUAAUAAAAAUAUUGUACCCAUACAAUAUUCCUAUUCGGUUUUUUAUAGAUAAUAUAAUUAUCUACUUAUAAAAAUGCAAGUUUCAAAUCAAAAUGAUGUUAAAAUUUAUAAUUUGAGCAGUGGCAGAUCAUUGCCAGAGUGGCUAUCAGAAAGAAAGAGAAGGAAAUUGAUUAAAAAAAAUGUUGAUUUACGUCACCACAUAAGGCUUUUACAUGAUUUUAAUAUGCCUGCAGUUAGUACUUCUAUCAAAAUAUCUAAUGAUAAGCAAUACAUUUUCGCAACAGGAACUUAUAAACCACGAGUAAAAUGUUUUGAUGUCAAUAAUUUAGCAUUAAAGUUUGAAAGAUGUUUCGAUUCUGAGGUUACAGCUUUUCAAAUAUUGUCAGAUGAUUAUAGCAAGCUAGUAUUUCUUCAUUGUGAUAGAUACAUUGAAUUUCACACAGCAUCUGGAAAAUACUACAGAUUAAGAAUGCCUAGGUUUGGUAGAGAUAUAGCAUAUCAUUAUCCAACUUGUAAUUCAUUUAUUGUGGGAGACAGUGCUGAAAUUUAUCGACUACAUCUAGAAAGAGGACAAUUCUUACAGUCAUUUCAAUCAGAAUCAUCAGCCGUCAAUAAAUGUUGUAUCAAUGAUGUUCAUUAUUUAGUAGCUGUUGGUACACAAGAUGGAAAUGUUGAAGCCUGGGACCCUCGUACCAAAAAUAAAGUUGGAACACUUAAUUGUAAACUUGAUUGCAUUGAUACAAACAAUUUCAAUGACUUCCAGAAUCAACAAUUAUACGGUGAUACAACAAACUUACAUCUACUAGAAUCAGCAUUGUCAAAUGUUGCAGUAACAUCUUUAGAAUUUCAAGGUGCAUUAACCAUGGCUGUUGGCACAUCUACAGGAAAAAUUUUACUUUAUGAUAUUAGGUCGAAUAAACCAUUUUUAGUUAAAGAUCAUAUGAAUGGAUUUCCGAUUAAAAAUCUUGCAUUUCAUGAUACUAUGGACUUAGUAUAUUCAAUGGAUAAGUCUAUUGUUAAAAUAUGGAACAAAAAUACAGGAAAACUAUAUACUUCAAUACAAGCGAGUGAACAAGCUGAUUUUAACGAUAUGUGUACAAUUCCAAAAACAGGAAUGUUCUUUUUUGCUAACGAAUCACCUCAAAUGAGCACAUAUUACAUUCCUAGUCUUGGACCAGCACCUAAGUGGGCUAGUGUUAUUGAUAAUCUCACAGAAGAACUAGAAGAAACAAACUAUGAAUCAGUUUAUGAUAAUUACAAGUUUGUAACAGAAAAAGAGCUCACAGAAUUAGGAUUGUCUCAUUUAUCGGGUACAAGUUUAUUAAGAGCGUACAUGCAUGGCUAUUUCAUUGAUGCAAAGUUAUGGUCUAAAGCAAAGCAGAUUGUUCAACCAUUUUCCUUUGAUGCGUACAAGAAGAACAUGAUUCGUGAAAAAAUUAAGCAAAAUCGGGCCAGUAAAUUAAUGAAAAUACAACAAGAACAACAAGAAGUAAUUGACAAAUUACCUAAAAUAAAUAGAGAACUUGCUGUUAAAUAUCAACAACAAAUAGCAAGGAAAGCCAAUAAUACUAAAAACGUUGAUGAAAAACAAAAUCUUUUACAUGACGAUAGAUUUAAAGCACUAUUUACGAAUCCUGAUUUUCAAAUAAACCAAAAUGAUGAAGAGUUCAAUAGACAUAUGAUGGGAAAGAUUGCUGUAACUAAGAAAUUAAAUAAAUUAAAUAAUGGAAAAAAAAUGAACGAGCAUUUAGCAUCCGAUGAUAGUGAUUAUGAGGACAACAAUUAUUUAUCAGCAUAUGAUAAUGGUCCAAAGCAAUCGGAUGAUGAAUUAUUCGACAAUGAUGAUGAUGUUCAUGACAGCAACGAGCAUAAGCCCAGUUUUCAUAAACAAUUUAAUUCAAGACAACGCAGUAAUAUUAAAAAAGACAAUCAUAGAUUUAAAUUCGAAAAAACAUUAACUAAUAAACAAAGUAAGAGAGCAUAUGAUGAUGAUCAAACAGUUAAUAACAAGAAUGAAGAGUACGGAAAUGAACGAAAAUAUAUGAAAAAACGUUGCAGAGAGACAUUGGGUGAAAGAUUGAAAUCGUCUGAAAUGAAAGGAAUAAGAAACGACACACAUAACAGUUCUCGUGGCAAUAAAGAAUUUACAUUCACAGUUUCUACGAAAAAACAAAGGUUCAAAAGAAAAUAAGAGCAUUUUUGAACUAAUCAAUUUAUUGAAGUCAGU